AUGUGGCACCUCAUCACCGACAUGUGCUUCCUUCUCGCCAAGGGCAAGGACGGCGGCCGGCACAUGCUUCUGGCCAGGGAGGUCUCCAACUACCUCAUGGACCUCGUCAUGGAGCGGCGCGUGAUGAUCAGCAGCGAAGGGCACGUGGCGCACCGCAAGGCCCGCGACGAGGUCAAGAAGAUCCUCGCGCAGCACAAGGAGAGGAUCAACGAGAACGACACUGAGGCCGUCAAGAAGAUGCUGGAAUCCGGCGUGCACAAGAUCGCAGACCCCGCCAAGGGGGGCGCCGUGCCGGAGGGAGUGGACGUGGUGUUCGCGCGCAACUCGUACGAGACCAUGAGGCCGGUGCUGCCCCGCGCGUGGAGGCUUGCCCAGGUGCUGCUCCACGGCCCGGACCGCGGAACAGGCGGCGGUGGCGAUCUUCCAUGGGAGAUGAUCGCGUCGGUCUGGAUGGAGAUGCUCUUCCACCUCGCCCCACGAUGCGAGGCAGGUUUCCACGCAAAUAAUCUUUCCACUGGCGGGGAGUUCAUCACCCAUGUCAGGUUCCUGCUCCUGAACCGAGGGAUCGGCUGGAACUUUGUCCUUGGCCGUGCUUGACCUGUCUCUGUUUCAGUCGCUUCAUUUCUGUCCGCUGUUAAGAUCCAAGUGCAUGCUACUGUCCGCUGGAUUAAGAUCCAAGUGCGUGCUAGGGCUUUUCUUUAUCCUGUGUUAUGUUUCUGAACAAAAAUCUUUCUACUUCUUUUGUGCAACAAAGAUUGGCCCGCAAACAGAUGUUGGCUGGGUCUAUGUGUAUUACUCCCUCUGUUCUAUUUUGUUUCAAGGUAUCCUAGAUGGAAUCACCACUACUUUUAUUAACAUAC